CAACCGUCGUAUUGUUUGGUGAAAGAUUCAAAUCGUCUUCGGAGAAAAUCAAGAUAACUAAAAAGGGAAGAUGGACGAUCUAAAGGGAUUCUUGAGACAAGCCGGUCAGGAAUUUCUGAAUGCCGCUGGUGAUGCUGCAAUGGGGGCCGCCAAAGAUGUUGUUGGCUCUGUGAUAAACGAGAUAUUUAUCAAAAAGGAAGCGGACACCAAGCGCGUGCUUCCCAGCAUCAAGAACAUGAGAGUCUUGGGGGAAACAAGCUCGAAUCUGGGACCGUACUCUGAGGUGCAGGACUAUGAAACAAUCUUAAACAGCUGUCUGUCCAGCGGAUCACUCUUUGAAGACCCCAUCUUCCCGGCUGGUAAUGAGUCCCUAAUGUUUUCUCGUCGCCCAGAUCGUCACAUCGAGUGGUUGCGGCCCCAUGAAAUCGCAGACAACCCACAGUUUUUUGUAGAGGGUUUUUCCCGAUUUGAUGUCCAACAGGGAGAGCUCGGAGAUUGCUGGCUCCUGGCUGCCACUGCCAACUUAACGCAGGAACCGAAUCUAUUCUUUCGCGUUAUUCCACCCGAGCAGAGUUUCGAGGAGAACUAUGCUGGCAUAUUUCACUUCCGUUUCUGGCAAUACGGUAAAUGGGUAGAUGUGACUAUUGAUGACCGUUUGCCAACCUCUCGGGGGGAGCUGGUGUACAUGCAUUCUACCGAGAAAAACGAAUUCUGGAGUGCCCUCUUGGAGAAAGCCUAUGCCAAACUUCAUGGUUCCUAUGAGGCUCUGAAAGGCGGUAGCACGUGUGAAGCCAUGGAAGACUUUACUGGCGGUGUCAGCGAGUGGUACGACCUGAAGGAAGCGCCCGGUAAUCUCUUUACCAUAUUACAAAAGGCAGCCGAGCGAAAUUCAAUGAUGGGCUGUUCAAUUGAGCCGGAUCCCAAUGUGCUAGAGGCGGAAACUCCUCAGGGGUUAAUUCGUGGACAUGCAUACUCUAUUACCAAGGUCUGCUUCAUAGAUAUAGUAACACCGAAUCGGCAGGGUAAGAUCCCAAUGAUACGCAUGCGCAACCCAUGGGGCAACGAAGCCGAGUGGAAUGGUCCUUGGAGUGACAGUUCCGCUGAGUGGCGUUAUAUUCCUGAAGAUCAGAAGCAGGAAAUUGGUCUCACUUUCGAUAGAGAUGGCGAGUUCUGGAUGUCAUUCCAAGAUUUCCUUCACCAUUUCGAUCGAGUCGAGAUUUGCAAUUUGUCUCCGGACUCUUUAACGGAGGACCAACAGCAAAGUGGCAAGCGCAAGUGGGAGAUGUCCAUGUACGAGGGAGAAUGGACACCAGGAGUUACAGCUGGAGGGUGCCGAAACUUCCUGGAUACUUUCUGGCAUAAUCCCCAAUAUAUUAUUACUUUGGUGGACCCUGAUGAGGACGACGAGGAGGGACACUGCACAGUUAUUGUUGGUCUAAUGCAGAAAAAUCGCAGAUCAAAGCGCAACAUGGGAAUGGAAUGUCUGACCAUUGGUUUUGCCAUUUACAACCUAAACGAACGUGAACUGGAGAGCCGGCCACAAGGCCUCAACUUCUUUCGGUAUAAGUCGUCGGUGGGACGUUCUCCCCAUUUCAUUAAUACCAGAGAAGUGUGUGCUCGCUUCAAGUUGCCUCCCGGACACUAUCUAAUUGUGCCUUCCACUUUUGAUCCGAACGAGGAGGGGGAGUUCAUCCUUCGAGUGUUCUCCGAAACCCAAAAUAACAUGGAAGAGAAUGAUGAUCAUGUAGGAUACGGUGGCAUCGGCCCUGCCACGAUAACACCAGGAUACCCAACACCAAAGCCAUUGGAUCCACAGAAAGAGAGCUUGCGACGCUUGUUUGACAGCAUCGCCGGCAAGGAUAUGGAAGUGGAUUGGAUGGAACUGAAACGAAUACUGGACCACUCGAUGAGGGAUGACUUGCCAAAGCCAAUUGUUUAUAAUCGAUUUUCCAAUAACAAUGCAUUUGAGACUCAGGCAGGCCCAGGCGAAGACGGCGGCGCCUGUGGACUUUUGUCGUUGAUAUGUGGCCCAUUCUUAAAAGGCACGCCAUUCGAAGAAACGCUGGGAUCCAAUGAUCCGUCGAGUAAGAGGCUGAUGGGGGAUAACCCAUCGGAUGGUGUCGCCAUUACAUCAGGUGCAAUUGUCGAUGAGACUCACGGCUUUUCCAAGGACGUUUGUCGCUCCAUGGUGGCUAUGUUGGAUGCUGAUAAAUCUGGAAAGCUGGGAUUCGAAGAGUUUGAGACUUUGCUUUCGGACAUUGCCAAAUGGAAGGCCAUCUUCAAGGUCUACGACGUUGAAAACACAGGAAGGGUCUCAGGUUUUCAGCUUCGGGAGGCACUUAAUUCAGCUGGCUAUCACUUAAACAAUCGGGUUCUGAACGUUUUGGGACAUCGAUAUGGGUCCAGAGACGGACAAAUUGCCUUUGAUGAUUUCAUCAUGUGUGCAGUUAAAAUAAAAACAUACAUAGAAAUAUUCAAGGAGAGGGAUACUGAGAAAAAUGAAACAGCCACGUUUACAUUGGAGGAAUGGAUCGAACGUACAAUAUAUUCUUAAGCCGUUUGCGAUUUAAGCCUAGCUAGCGAAUUUUUUCGAACACAUAUUUACAUGUUAUCUCAUUCAGUUUGAAUCGUACUCAAUUUUUUACAAUAUUUGGCAUUAUAUGUAUACAUAGUACAAAGCACUUUUCAUACCAAUAAUAUGUUGCCGCCCGAAA